AGCGCUCGCUUCUCUGUGGAAAAACUCGCCGACCGUCAGUGUUUGCGGAGGGGAAACUUUCUGCUUUUGACGGCGCGCAGUCGACGAGAUUAGCAGUUUUUACAAGCACACACAGCCUGGAUUAUUAUCGUCUGCGACUCCAGCAAACAUACUCUGCAAGUCUUCUCGAAAGGUUGGAUUUGUGCUGUUUCUCCAAUUUUCGCGUGACAACUGUAUCCAAGUCCUCGCUGCUUCCGGAUAUACUGUUAUUAUUAUCUUAUAACUAUACUGUCUUUUGGGGAUUUUUCCUCUUGGCUGCAUUUUAACCCCGUGAAUCGACUGAUUUGAAUCAAACAUUUCUGGUUUCUAAAGUGCAAGAUCCAGUAUGAAUAUACGCACGUAAGAGUGAAGAUUUGGCCUAAUGAAAGUCGAGCGUUUAGCUCGAGUUCACUAGGGUCACUUCCUGAUGAUGACAGUAAACAUGGAUGGCGGUCUCCAAAAUGGACCCGGACAGCACAAGAACUCACAAGAUGACGAAGAGGCGCUCAACUCCAUAAUGAAGGACCUGGCAGCUUUACGCUUCUGCUACCAGAUCAAAACCAACAACAGUAACAAGCCCAAGAGCAGAACCCAGGCCUACAGACAGGAUUUGCGGGUGAAGCUGGAGCAUGAACAAGAGAAACGGAUCAUCCCGUUUCAGAGGCCGCUGAAGUUCAAAGAUCUCCUUCAGAAGGUGACGGAGGCUUUUGGACAGCAAAUGGACCUCUACUACUCUGAUAAAGAGAUGUUGGCAGCUUUGAAGUGUCAGGAGGAUUUGGACCGAGCACUUCAGGCUUUAAACUCCAGCUCUGGAAUGAACAACCUGCUGAGAGUGAUUCUGAAAACACCUCCCAACAACCACUUCCUUCAGGUGAGCGGCCAAGACAAGCAGAGCGAGAUGAGGGCGUCCAGGUCGCUGGGAGAUCUUAAAGCCUCCGUUCUCAAAGGCUCUGAACGAGUGCGCAAACACUCUACAGGCUCCCUGAACACGGGCCGCACCUCUCCUCCUCCCGGCAGCGUACCAGAAGAACAGCAGCAGAUCGCACGGCAGGGAUCCUACACCAGCAUCCACAGCGAGGGAGAGUUUAUCCCAGAAACACUCGACUCAAAUAUGUUGGAGCCGUUUGGGAGUGCUGAUGGGUCACUUUCCAGCAGCUGUCAAUCACUGGACCAAGCUCUGGACAGCCCGCCGUUUUCUCAAAACAACCGGGACAACAAUUACCUGAACCUCAACUAUGAAUACAAAGGACGUAAUGGGAAACACGGGACCUUCCCCCGGCAGUUUCACAUGUCCAGCCGCAGUAAAGACUACGGUGAUGGUCGAAGGACCUUCCCUCGAAGCUUUAUGCCCCAAGAGAACUUUGUCCCGUUCCAACUGGUCCCGUCCAGCCGUACGCGCAGCUAUAAUGGAGAAAGCACUUUGCUGUAUGGUGGAGAUCUGCGCUCCAUCAGUUGGACAGACAAAAGCUGCCAACGCAAUGCUCCCAAAUCCCCAAGGGCUCCUGUGAACUGGCGUCAAGGGAAGCUGCUCGGUCGAGGAGCCUUCGGCGAGGUCUAUCUCUGCUACGAUGUUGAUACAGGGCGCGAGCUGGCGGCCAAGCAGGUGCCAUUUGACCCCGUCUGUCAGGAGACCAGCAAAGAAGUGAACGCGCUGGAGUGUGAGAUUCAGCUCUUGAAGAACCUGCGUCACGAGCGCAUCGUUCAGUAUUACGGCUGCUUGCGUGAUCCAGUGCAGAAGAAGCUGUCCAUCUUCGUUGAAUUUAUGCCAGGGGGCUCUAUAAAAGACCAGCUGAAGGCGUAUGGAGCGUUAACUGAAAAAGUAACCCGCAGAUACACCAGGCAGAUCCUGCAAGGAGUCCACUACCUGCACAGCAACAUGAUCGUACACCGAGACAUCAAAGGCGCUAACAUUCUGAGGGACUCCUCUGGAAAUGUAAAGCUGGGAGAUUUUGGAGCUAGCAAGCGCAUUCAGACAAUCUGUAUGUCAGGGACAGGAAUCAAAUCAGUCACUGGCACCCCCUACUGGAUGAGCCCGGAAGUCAUUAAUGGAGAAGGUUAUGGACGCAAAGCAGAUGUCUGGAGUGUGGCUUGCACAGUUGUAGAGAUGCUAACUCAAAAGCCCCCAUGGGCUGAAUACGAAGCAAUGGCUGCGAUUUUCAAGAUCGCAACCCAGCCCACUAAACCAAACCUGCCUGAAGGUGUGUCCGACACAUGCAGGGACUUCCUGCGGCAAGUAUUCGUGGAAGAAAAAUGCCGACCCACUGCCGAGGGCCUUCUCAGCCACCCUUUCGUGCAGGGUGCCUUCUGAAAUCCCGACGGCAUCCACAGAUCUACGGUCUCUCUGGAAUCGCCCAGGGAAAACCAUACAUCUGUCCGCGGACAAUCACCACUCUGCCUUCCAGGGUCCGGAGAAACCCAUCAGCCAGCCAAGUGAGAACAAACAAGCCCAUAAAAAGGGAUGCAACGUCUCAAAAGAUUCAACGUUAAGAUACAGCACUAAAGUGGACAGCCAACCUAUUAACACUCUGAUAGCACAUCAGUUAUCUUAAUCUUGUGUUGCCCUAUCCCAAUGUGCACUUGAUGGGUGCAGUUCACUAAAAAGCAGGGUGUCCCAUUUAUCAUUUUAUGAUAAAGAAGGGUGUAUAUGAGUGUCCUAUUUGUGUGUGGUGCACACUAUUACCGGAGGACAGUGAGGGUGCCAUUAGGGACAGGGCUUAAGGUGCUAAGGUAGCCUUUCACAAACUUAGGCCUGGAGUAUACAGUAUAGACCAAAAGUUUGGACACACCCACUCGUUUUUUAUUUAUACAUUUUUCUAUAUAAUAUAAUAAUAAUAAACUUAUCCAAACUAUGGCAUAACACAAUUAUGUUGGUGACUAAAAGCAUCCAAAAUAAACCAAAACUCUGUUAUAUUUUAUUAUUUGAGAUGCAGUCACCCUUUGCCUAGAAAUUGUUGAACCAUAUGCGUGUCAUUUUUUUUUAAGAAGCUUCUUAAAGGAAUAGUCUACUCAUUUUCAAUAUUAAAAUAUGUUAUUACCUUAACGAAGAAUUGUUGAUACAUCCCUCUAUCAUCUGUGUGCGUGCACGUAAGCGCUGGAGCGCACUGCGACGCUUCGAUAGCAUUUAGCUUAGCCCCAUUCAUUCAAUGGUACCAUUUAGAGAUAAAGUUAGAAGUGACCAAACACAUCAACGUUUUUCCUGUUUAAGACGAGUAGUUAUACGAGCAAGUUUGGUGGUACAAAAUAAAACGUAGCGCUUUUCUAAGCGGAUUUAAAAGAGGAACUAUAUUUUAUGGCGUAAUAGCACUUUUGGGAGUACUUCGACUCGCCUGAAAAGUCCGCUCCCCUUCUCACUCUCAUAAUGGGAGCGGGAGGGUGUUACUGCGCCCAGUUGAAGUACUCCCAAAAGUGCUAUUACGCCAUAAAAUAUAGUUCCUUUUUCUUUAAUAUUCAGUGUAAGUCAUCUAUUUUAAAAAUAAUAUUUUAAAAUAAAAUUAAAGUUUUCUAAUAACAAAAAUUAAUCUGUUUGGCACAGGUAUAUUUUUGUCUACAAAAGUAAUUUGAAGCAUUUAACCAUACACCUUCAGCUUAAAUGAUUUUUAAGAUCAUAGUUAACAUUUUAGUCAAGUGUGUCCAAAUUUUUGGCCUGAUAUUGUAGUCUGUUUUUUACGUGUACGCACACGGUCGAAUGCACAGCCUUGCAAAGUACAGUUAAUUUAACUCAUACAGUCCUGCCGAACAAUAUUGGCACCCUUGGUAAAUAUGAUCAAAUAAGGCUGUGAAAAUUCAUCAGGAUUGUUAAUCCUUUUGAUUUUUCAUUAAAAAAAUUCACAAAAAUGUAUCCUUUCAUUGGAUAAUAAAAAUGUUGGAUAAUAAGAAUUUAAAACUUCCAAAAAAAAAAGGAAAUUGCAUCUCCUGGGCUACAUACUACAGUAUUCUGUAGGCACAUGUGAGCGAACAGUACGCGCGCACUUUUCUAAUCACGAAAAUUGCAUUGUGCGUACCGUACACGGACCAUGACGUACACUUAAAAAUUAGACCAUACUUCGUCCUUUAAUGAUAAAAUUCACCAAAACACUCACCAAAAAAACAGUUGUAACGUCGAAUUAUCAACGUUAUCAAAGUAAUUCACUUUAAAGGUGCAGUGUGUAAUUUUUAGAGGGAUCUCUUGACAGAAAUGCAAUAUAAUAUACAAAACUACAUUAUCAUGGGUGUAUAAAGACCUUUUUAUAAUAAAUCGUUAUGUUUUCAUUUUUAUCUGCAUGCACGAGGGUCCCCUUAUGUGGAAGUUGCCAUUUUGUGCCACCACGUUUCUACAGAAGCCCUUAACGGACAAACAUUUUUGUCUCUGACAAUGACAUGUUUUUCUGGUGGCAGCUACUGUAGCUUCUCUAUGCAUUUCAAAAGCAAAGGGAGAGCAGUGGGCUGAGCCGUUGGUUGCAAUUCGCAAUCUCACCACUAGAUGCUGCUAAAAUUUACACACUGCACCUUUAAAUGGACUGCAAUACCGUAAACUUCUAAUAUAAUACAAAAUAUUUGAACAGGGCUACAAUGGUGAACUUUAGCUAAGCAUCUGCGACUACAGCAUCCAAGAAAAUAUUCAAUUGUGUCUUUAGCAGUGUUUUCUAUUUCCAUGCACAGCUACUUCUCUAUGAACAGUCAGUCUAUGGUGUUACAGGUUCAAAACUAUUCGGCAAAGCACUUAAUACACUUACACGUGUUUUCUAUCUAGAAGAUAGAUGGGGUCACUGCCUAAACUAUACCGAUUGGUAUUGCAGUUUACAUAGGUUAAUGUUGACCUAAGCAGUUGAAUAGAUCCCCUGAUGUAUUAAACAGUAUAAUACAUAAUGUGAUACUCGAAUCACAUCGCUGGACAAAUCACACAGGUUCUUAGCACAAAUGUAUUAGAAUUUGAAUCUCAAAUGGUGGCUAGAAGUCUUUUUUUAUUACUUUUAUAUCAUUCGGUCUUAAAGUGAGAUUUAUUAUUACCUCUGUAGCCCUGGGUUUAAUCCUAAGUGUCAUUGAAAAUAAAUUUAAAGACCUUGUGGAGCAAAUAGAUAAAUGUACUGUACAAUGCUCAUUUGAGGGAUUUUUUUAAAAGAUUACUUUAUGUUUGAUGGUUAGAAUCUAACCAAAUAAAAAUGACACAAAAUAUGUACCACCACCAAAGUGGGUGGUAAAGACAUGUAAAAUGUAUGUCAUUUUUUUAUGAAUGAAGACUGUAUAAACAAAUGUUUUUUAUAUAAUGUAAAGUUUAUUUAGUUAAAGUUGCUCUUGUUUUAAAGCACUCUCUUUACCCAGAGUUAAUCACUGUAAAUACAUUCCCAUUGCACUCUGUGACUCAACAUAGAGCACAUCAAAAAAUCAGAUUUGAGAAAUAUUUUUAUACAGUUUUUUUUUAAUUCAAUGUUCGGAAUGACAAUACCAAACGUUUUUGUAUUAUACAAAUUACCCUAAAGUGUCAAAGCAAUAUUACAGAGAAGACGGCUGGUAUGUUAGCAUCUUUGUACUGUCUGAUCCAUUUAAUACAACCAAAGAGCAAAUUAUAUGCUUGAAUUAUGGAUUUGGUAAAUUCAGAGCUGUUCCGUUUUUGACCAAUAUUGUUAUAAUAGACACUUUUUUGGUAGACUACAUGCAAACAUUUUUAUUUUCUUCACGUACAUCAUUAAGUUAUG